UUUUCUGUAGGUAAUUCAGAAAUGCCAGGAUCAAUCACCGGUGUUGGUGUUGCUGGUGUUAGUACAGUCAGCGGGCAUUUGGAUUAUUCUCAGCUAGAUUUAAAUGAUGAUUUAGUUGCAAAAGACUUACAACUGACUGAUUCUGAUGAUGAUAGUUGUUUAUCUGGUCAAGGUGGAGAAUUAUGCACUGAUGAGAAUGAUGUGGUUGGUCUAGUAAGUUGCACUAAUCUGGUUGGCAAUGAAGAAGACGUCGAUGACAGAGGUGAUGGUGAUGGCGUCGAGGGUGUUCAUACACCUGAUGAUUAUACAGGAUAUAAUCUAAGCAAUUAUCAAGUUAUGCCCCAAAAUGACUCGUUAUCGUAUGAUCAACACUGCCAACAAGAGCAUCAACAACAACAACACCAACACCAAAGUGAUGAUAACAAUCCUGUCUCCUUUUUUAUCAGUGAUGAAGAUGAUGACGACAGUUAAAGAGGUGAAUAAAUGAAAAGAAAAAAAAGAAAAGAAAAAAUAAAAUAUUCCCUUCAUUAUUGUAUAUAAUUGAUAACAUGAGGUGAACUCUAUUGUCUCUCUUCUCACUGCCCCUAUCCUCUGCCUUCUCAUUCUCAUUCCCUUUCAUCAAAUGUGUAACUCUGCAUGCCAUGUGUGUAUGCCGUACACUUCAGUGUUUAUAUUGAUUAAAUCAUUCAUUGGUGAACAUGUUGUCGCUGAGAUUAUCUCCAGAUUUGUGUCAAUGACACGUCGGCUUUUUGCGUCUUAUUCCUCUUAUUCAUUCUCAUCUAUAUAUCUCAUUGAAUUCAUAUAGAAAGAAGGAUGGAUAUGAAUUCCAUUGUAUAUUGUUAUCUAUUACCCCCGUGACAGCCCCCCCCCGCCCCCACCGUAUCCCAGAUGGAUGUGUGUAAACUGUAACAGUCUGUACAGAAUACCAUUUCAUUGUACAUAUAUACAUAUGUAUUUUUUUUUAAUAUGUUACAAUUAUUUAAAACUAUUAAUUCUCUUUAUGAAUUUAAUAUAGCGAAAGUAUUCA